AUGCUCAAUUUUACUGAUGUGACAGAAUUUAUUCUUUUGGGGUUAACUACUCGUCCUGAAUUACAACUCCUUUUCUUUUUGGUUUUCUUGGUGGUCUACAUUAUCACCUUGAUUGGGAACAUUGGCAUGAUCAUAUUAAUCAGGAUCAGUCCCCAGCUCAACAGCCCCAUGUAUUUUUUCCUCAGUCACUUGUCUUUUGCAGAUGUGUGGUUCUCCUCUAAUGUCACCCCUAAAAUGUUGGAAAAUCUGGUAUCUGAGACCAAAACCAUUUCCUAUCCUGGAUGUAUAGUGCAGUGCUUUUUCUUCAUUGCCUUUGUCCACGUAGAAGUCUUCAUCCUUGCUGUGAUGGCCUUUGACAGAUACAUGGCAAUUGGCAACCCUCUACUUUAUGGCAGCAGAAUGUCAAGAACUGUCUGUAUUCGACUGAUCUCUUUCCCUUACGUUUAUGGCUUUUUUAUUAGUUUGAUCUCAACACUGUGGACCCACGGGUUGUACUUCUGUGGGAACAUUGAGAUCAACCAUUUCUACUGUGCAGACCCAGCUCUCAUCAAAAUGGCCUGCGCGGGGACCUUCAUUAAAGAAUACACCAUGCGCACACUGGCAGGUCUCAACUUCUCUUACUCCUUAUUGGUCAUUAUUGUCUCCUACAUAUUUAUCCUUAUUGCCAUCCUAAGAAUGCGCUCAGCAGAAGGAAGAAAGAAAGCCUUUUCCACAUGUGGGUCCCACUUGACAGCUGUCACCAUAUUUUAUGGAACACUCUUCUUCAUGUAUCUUAGAAGCCCCACUGAGGAGUCCGUGGAGCAGGGGAAAAUGGUGGCUGUUUUCUACACCACGGUCAUUCCUAUGUUGAACCCCAUGAUCUACAGUCUCAGGAACAAGGAUGUGAAGGAGGCCAUGAGCAAAGCAAUUGGUAGAGCAUUUUCAACUAAAUAA